AAAAUGUGAAGAAGAUUUAGUGGUUUGUGAAAGCGAAAAGAUGCUUUUACGAAAUGAACUUAGAAGGUUAGAAAAAGAGAUAUCUUUAAAGAAAAAAUCAAUUAAUACAAACACACUGAAUAUAUCAAAUACGAAUUCAAACAAUGACUCCAAACAAAAUGAAAUCGAGAAAAUAGUUGAUAACACAGAAAGUGGGAAUGAAGAUGGAAAUAUGGAUCAAGAAGAGAAACAAUCUACUAUUACAAAAAAUGAAACAAGUUCUCCAUAUCUUCCAGUAAAAUCCAGAGGAGUAUUUGCUCUGAAGCAACAUGUAACUCUAACACAUAAUACAAUGAAAUUGAGUUCUUCAAUUCUUAAAAAAAAAUCAAGAGUUGAACAAGCACACUCUAUAAGUGGUAAAGUAGCAACUAAUAUAAUUGCUUUUGAUGGUUUUGGAGGACAUUCAAAACUUGAACAGUUUCCUAGUCCUGUCAGUUUUAAGAUAAAUAAUAUGAAGGAUGAUAUAGCUCAAUCUAAAAAACGAAAAUUGUAA